UUGAGCGGUGCCCGGGGGAGGCGGCGGCGGCGACGGCGGCGGGACCGCGCGGCCGCCGCCAUGUUCCGCUGUGGAGAGGAGAUCAUAAGUGGGGAGAGCGAGGAGGAAACUAAUGGUGUCAACUUGAUGGAGUUCUCAGAUGAGAUCCUUUUGCACAUCCUCAGCUACGUCCCUUGCACAGACCUUGUCCUGAACGUCAGGAGAACCUGCAGGAAACUCGCAACGCUUUGCCUUGACAAAAGUCUAACCCAUACAGUUAUACUUCAGAAAGACUAUAAGGUAAACAAAGACAAAGUGAAGCAACUGAUGAGGGAUAUCGGAAAAGAGAUUUACCAGCUGAACAUGGCUGGUUGCUAUUGGCUGCCCAGCUCCACUAUUGAUCAUGUAACACGGUGCAAGAACCUGGUAAAACUGAACUUGUCUGGGUGCCAUGUCACCUCUCUCCGUCUCUCAAAGAUGCUGUCCACGCUCCAGCACCUGCGCUCCCUGGCGAUAGAUGUAAAUCCGGGUUUUGAUGCCAGUCAGCUAAGCAGUGAGUGUAAAGCCACUCUUAGCCGUGUCUUGGAAUUGAAGCAAACUCUUUACACGCCGUCGUAUGGUGUCGUUCCAUGCUGCACUAGCCUUGAGAAACUGCUGCUUUAUUUUGAGAUCCUUGAUCGCUCACGAGAAGGUUUUAUGCUCUCUGGGCAGCUAAUGGUAGGUGAGAGCAAUGUGCCCCAUUACCAGAACCUCCGUGUCUUCUAUGCCAGGCUGGCUCCUGGCUACGUUAAUCAGGAGGUGGUGAGGCUGUACUUGGCGGUGCUAAGUGAUAGGACACCUGAGAACCUUCACGCCUUCCUUAUUUCUGCCCCCGGUAGCUUUGCAGAGACGGGAGCCACUAAAAACCUCCUGGACUCUAUGGCUCGAAAUGUACGUCUGGAUGCUUUACAAUUGCCCAAAGCCUGGAUUAAUGGCUCUGGGCUCCUGCAACACUUGAAGUUCAACAACCCUUUCUACUUCAGCUUUAGCCGAUGCACCUUAUCUGGUGGUCACCUGAUCCAGAGGGUUAUUAAUGGUGGGAAGGAUCUUAAAAGCUUGACCAGUUUGAAUCUCAGUGGCUGCGUUCACUGUCUGGCUCCGGAGUCCUUGUUUCGAAAAGCGGAAGAUGACAUUGACAGUAGCAUUCUGGAAAGCCUGGUAGUGUCUUGCUGCAACCUGAGACACCUCAACCUCUCUGCAGCUCACCAUCACAGCUCAGAAAGCAUAGGGAAUCACUUGUGCCAGCUUCUGUCCAGGCUAAAGCACCUGCUCUCAUUAGCGUUACCGGUUUGCUCCAUCACAGAUGUUGCUGCAAAUGUGGAAAAGCCUCCCACGGCAUCUAAUUUGGUGCCCCAAACAUUUGGAAGGAAAGUUCGGAUUGGGAUACAGACUUAUCCAAGGAACUUAGCAGACCAGGCAAAUCAGAAGAUAGAGUCUUCAGUAUUCUGGGCUCUGAUGGGAAGCCUCCGAUUUUUGGAAACCUUGGAAAUAAUUGGGUCCAGUUUUUCCUCUGCCAUGCCCCGCAACGAGCCAGCAAUUCGGAACUCGUUGCCUCCUUGUGUCCGGGCACAAAGCGUGGGGGAUUCAGAGGUGGCUGCCAUUAGCCAAUUGACUUACUUGCAGAGCCUCACCUUAGCACAACUGCCAAAUAUUCUUACUGGCUCUGGGCUUAUUAACAUUGGAUUGCAGUGCCAGCAUUUACGGACUCUUUCGUUGGCCAACCUGGGCAUGAUGGGGAAGAUGGUCUAUAUGUCUGCUCUCAUGGACAUGCUGAAACACUGCAAGUGUUUGAGAGAUCUCAGGCUGGAACAGCCAUACUUCUGUGCCGGCGCCCAGUUCUUCCAGGCACUGAGUCAUUGCUCCUCUCUCCAGCGGCUUUGCAUCGUCUCCCGGAGUGGGACUCUGCAGUCUGACGCAGUGAUGUCAUUCAUGGCCAACUGCCUUGAGGUCAUCAUGUGCCACAUGUUUAUGGGAGAAUCUCUUACCGUUUGCAAAAAUCUCCAGCAAUCUAUUGUCCGGAGCUUCCAGGCGGACCGCCCUGCAUUAAAUGUCGUCAUUUUCCCUCUGCUUCAUGAGGACUUGACAGAGGUCAUCAGAGAUGUCCCCAUGCGGCACUUGGAUGAAAUUACCUUGUUUAAAAGCAGAGUGGCCGAGGAACCUCCCAACUUGUGGUGGUGACUGUCACAGCAUGGAAGGACAGUCAGCAUGAGCACACAAAUAGCUUCUUGUUGGCCUGGAUUCCCCAUCUUCAGCUCCUGGCCGCCUCACUGGAUGCUGUACAAUCAUUUUAAAUAGGUGCAAUUGCAAAUUAAAAACAGCUGGUCCUUUGCAGUGGGGAAACAUCUAUUGGAUAUUGCUUGCAUCUGAAAAUCCUGUCUCAAAGGCUUCUGGAAUCUGAUGAGUAUUUCCUUGUGGUUAAUAUGAAUUGUUUUGUUAUUUUACUGAAGUUAACGGUAAGAGAAACUGACUUAACGA